UUCUUUGCGUAUACGUAAUGUGAGCUUUAUAUUAGUAUAUUACGUAUACGCACUGGUAUACUAUACCUAUGUAAUAUGAACUUAAUAGAAAUUUUUAAAAAUCUUCAGUAGCAUUCUAAUAUCGAAAAAGGAUUUUUUUGAUAUCUUAUCUCGAAUGAAAUGCUUUAUCGGAAAGCCAAAAUUAAUUCGUUUUGCGUAUCUGAUUUACGGCCAUGUCGCUGACUGUUCUCCCGCACGAAAACUGCGAGCAAAGCAGAAAGUGGCGAAAAGUGUUUUGUGGAAAACGGCAAUCGAAGCGUAGACGAAAAUAGAUCGCCCAAAAGGAAAAGCGAAAAGGGAAAAGGGGGCGCGGCUGUAAUGGUGGUGGGGGGCGUUCGUCGACUAAACUGAUUAGAAAAUCCGCCUUGGCCAAUUCCGAUUGCUUUGGCAUUUGACACGGAGGCAGUGCAGCCGAAUGAAAAGGCAACGCCAUUUGUGUUGUGUUGCGUUGCCAAAUUGCCAGCGACAAAAGUCGGCGGCGAUGUCUUCUUGUCAGUUGUUGGAUGUUCUCUCUAUUCGCCUGGCCGUCAAUUAGCGCCGUUUGCUAUUUGCCAUUUGGACGGAUUCGGUUCUUGGCGGUUUCUCUCGCCGCCGCUGAUUCACUUGUUCUCUAUAGCAUUUUCGCGACCCAUUGGGCACUUGCCGCCGCCGAGGCAUUAAUCAGUUGCAAGACGAUCGAUUAGCGGAAAACAAGAGCCGCCGCCCGUGAAAAGUGCCGCCGCCGCCUGGCGAUUUUCCGAACCGAAUCUUCGCUUUCCGUCACCUCGCGCUCUCAUAAACGUCGAAAAGCAAAGAUAAAUAAAUAUUAUAUAUAUUGAUGAUUGGUUCAAUGAUUUGCAUGCCGAAAGUGAGCUAAAUAUUUUUCGAAUUACCUAAUCAUCUGGCCAUUAACGUGAGUGGUGUGAGUGUUUCGAGUGCGUGGUGAAUAUAUUUUAUAUAAUACGCGUUGGCCGAAUCGCCGUCGUUCACCGUCGAGAGAUAUAUAUUCUCGUUCUCAUUGCAUCGCCGAGCGUUGGAGGAUUCGGAUUCGGCAUCGGAAUCGGGGAAUCGGAAUCGAUUUUGGGCAUUACGCAAUGGCCGCUGAGGAGACGGCGCUAACCGGCGUCGGCGAGCUGCUUUUCUCGCUGCUAAUUGGCUAUUUGGGCGCCUUGGAAUUCGCCUUCGUGGCCCGUCAUCUCUACCACUGGACUUUCCAACAUCCCGGGAUUUCUGCUGCUGAUGCAGCUGCUGACUCGGAAGAAUUGCCGCGAAUGCGCGAGAGAUUGGACAGGGAAAUCAAAGAGGCGGCGGAAAGAGAAGCUCUGGCUGGAACAAAUGUCAUGCAGGAUGGUGUCCUCUAUAGCAACGGAAUACGAGUGGAUCCAGCUGGGGAUAAAAGAGAAGCUCUGGCCGCAGAAUUGGCAAGACAACAGCAAAUCGAAGCGGAGACACGACGUCAGCUGGCCGAAGCCGAGGCCAAACUGGCAGAAGAGAGACUAAGGGUGCAAAGGGAGAAGGAAGAAUCGGAAGAGCAGCAGAGAAAGCUAAUUGAGGCGGAAAGACAGCGCGAAAGAGAGCAGGCAGAGAAAGAGCUGCAAGAACAAAGAGAAGCCGAGCGAAGAAAGCUAGAAGCAGAAGAAAGCGAUCGUAAACAACGAGAAAUCGAAGAGAAGGAACGCCUAGAAAAUGAAAGAAAGCUGAUAGAAGCUGAACGCGAACGGGAAGAAAACGAGCGAAGACUGCAAGCAGCUGAAGAGCAGCGAGAGCGGGAAGAAAGCGAAAGAAGAAUCAUAGAGGCAGAGCGUCAGAGAGAGCAAGCCGAAGCCGAGAAAGAACGCCAAAGGGAGAGAGCUGAGGAAGAAAGACUCCUUGCUGAAGCCGAGGCUGCGGAUGCCGAGCGUCGUCUCUUUGAAGCGGAGAUCCAGAGAGAGCGCCAAGAAGCCGAGGAUGAAGAACAGGCUCAGCGGGAUGCGGAGAUUGUAGAGCGUCUUCUGGCAGCCGAAAGAGAUCUCAGUCCGAGUGCCACCGAAAGCGAACUGGAGGAAGACAUUGCCAUUGCAGAACAGUCACGUCGCCUGAUCUCCAGCAAAACGGAUCUGGAGCAGAAACAGCGAAUGAUCGAGGAGAAUGCCAGAAGAUUCCUGGAAGCCGAAGAGGAGAUGGUGAUGUUACAGCAACGACAACUGGCAGCAGCGCACAGUAAAGAAGAGGCAGAUGAGUACGCCGGAAUGGAACCUGUAGUGGAAGAGCCCUGCAUAAAGAAAGUGGCGGCACCUCGGUUCCAAGAACCAACAGAAGAACCUCUAGUAGUGCAGAAAGUGAAAACCCAAUUCGGUCAAGGAAGCGGUUCCGAAGAUGCGUACUUGGUGAAGUCCAAAACCCUAACCUUCCCAGGUGUUUCCGAUGAAGGAUCCUCCGUGGAACCCUUCUCCAGUCAGAAAUCCUCCUUCAGCACCCAACCCUCCGAUGAGGCCAACCGCACCGAAGGCGAACGCCCAGAGCCCGAAGGAGAAGAUCAGGUUCCAGAUGUACAGUACACCGAGGAGUACUUGCGAUCCCUGGACGGCAUCAAGAAUCGUCCGUUGGUUCGGGAAGACGGUUCGGGCAGGAGGAGAGCCUUCAAGAAGCGCCGCUCCAGUGGCAGUUCCAAUUCCUCGAGAGACUCACGCGCCUCCCGUGACGAGGAGCUCAAGAUGUUCACCUCGCUGGAGGAAGAGGAACUGCGUCACGGCGAUCGGGAGGAUUACAAUCCCAUCAAGUACACGAGUGAACCCACUCUGAGGGUUAAGGCCCAUCGACGUCACAAAAGGAGUCCAGCAAAGGACAUGCAACCGCCUGUGGAGACGCCCAGUUCUCUGGAAAUGCUCGGUGAAGAGAGCACCAAUCCCUGGGGUGAAGUAGUUCCAGAGCACUACAAGGAUACCGAGUUCUGGAAGCGGGAGAAAGCGCUCUCCAUAGACGAGGAGGAAAUCGAACUGGAGAAACCCUCCAGGGGAGAAGAUGUGGAGGAUGAAGCUACCAACGAGCCAAAAUCAUCCUCUUUUGAGGAGGCAACCGAGGCACAAAACGAAGAGGCUGUGGCUGCCCUUAAACAGCAAAUUUCCAAGGAGCAGGUGGACAAAGAAACGGAGAAGGAUAACUCACAGGCAGCGGAGACCAGCGACAGCAACAAAGCCAAUUUGCAAACCUCUUCCGCAACAGAGGAGCAAUCGAGGGGUGGAUCACCUGGCUUGCGUCGCAGUCCGCGAAUGGACGAGAUGGAGCACUACCCGGAGCGCUGGUCCGCCAGUCAGGAGCAGAAUCCAGUGAAACAGCAGCCAACGCGAUCAACACCCACUAUAAAUGUCCAGCAACCGGAUACGGCACCUUGGCGGGAUCAGUAUGGAUUGUUAAUGGAGGGACUCAGUGACUUCUACGAUUUUACCGCAUCUGUAAACCCCUCGAGAUCACGUUCCAAUUCUCGUAACCCUUCGCCAACUCCUAAGAACGUAGCUAAUACCAUGGAUGUGGACACGGAGCGAACGUUGGAAGUGUUUGACGAUACGCAGGAGGGGAUUGUUGGAGGUGAACUGAAUUGUGAGUCUGUACUUCAGCUCUUGGAGUCAAACUUGAAUGGAAACGAAUCCUCGAACGAGCAACUUCAAAUACAAAAUGUAGCCGAUGAUGCUAGGAAUGGAAAUUCAGUACUCCCAAUGGUAUAUGAACCUGUUGAAGGGGCUUCGCUUGCUACUCCCCAAGAAGAAAGGGGAAGGGAGCCUUCUGUCGGAAGGUCUCGAUCUAGAUCCCGAUCCCGUUCUCCGCUUCCCACAUCAGAGAAUCUAGAGAAAAGUAUCCACAUACGAAGAGAGCGAUUGAUUAAACAAAACGAUGAGCUUGCCGAACGAUUGAGUCGCUCUGCCUCUGAAGGUUCCAUGGAAAUUGAAACUAAUGGAAAUGGAAGAUUAAGUCCACGAUUGGAAAUCACUCUACCGCAACCCGUGAUUGAGAUCAACGAAAUGGCUGAUGAACCCAUGGAGGAACCGGAAAACACGCCCGAACAAAUGCGACUUUUUGUGGAGACCUUGAGAGCUGAAAGGAAUGCCCGUUCCAUGUCAAGAUCCCGUUCUCGUUCGCGUUCUCCGUUGCCCACUGCGGAUAAUAUAGAAAAGAGCUUGGAAAGUCGAAGGCUUAAGCGUAUUCAGCAUAAUGAUGAGAUAUUUGAAAAACUGCACGAUCAAAUGUCAUCGCCAGAGAUUGUAAUAGAAUCCGCAUCACCUCCGAAAUCUCCACUUCCUUUACCCACCAUUUCCAUCGAAAUUAUGGAGCCACCAGAAGACACUAGAGAACAAACUGAAACUGAACCUGAAGACACUCCCGAGAGUAUGGCCAAACUUUUUGAGCAAUUGCGUUUGAACCGAGUACGGUCACACUCUCGAUCGCGUUCCAAAUCUCCCCUGCCCACUGCUGCUAAUUUGGAGCACAGUUUGCAAAAGCGUCGCGAGAAGCUAAUUGCUCAGAAUGAUCAGUUCUUCGAGGUUCUGCAGGAAAGAGCAAGAACACCGGAACCGGAAACCCGCUUGACAGUGGAGUACGUCUAUGAGUUUGUAGAGGAGAAGGAGGAACACAUUGUAGAAGUUCGUGAUAUGCGUUCUUUGUCACCAUCUCGCUCAAGAUCCCAGUCACAAGAAAAAGAACCCGAUGAUUUCCAUUUGAUGCUUAAUCUUGAAGGCAGCGAGUUGCGAACUCUACGCAAAAACAGCGAGGAGCUGGAAAGUGUCUUGGCGGCCAGUGUUAAACAACGUGAGGUGGACCGAGAAGCCCUGGAGAAACUACACAAUGCCAAUGAAGAAGUAGAACUUCGCGUGCUUAGCCCAACUAAUUCGGAAUUAGAGAGAGUGGUUGAAAUGACAAGGGAGAAUCCAGAUCUAGAUCGCACUAUCUCCGAAGUAGCCAGAGAUUUACAAGAUGAACUUAUGGCCAGUGGUUUCAAACGCUCCACUUACGUGGGUGAAUCCCUGGAUCUUGGAAGUGAUCAAUUUAAGGAUCUACGUAGGGAGGCUGCUCUGUUUCAAAGAUCCCGAAGUCCAUCUCCUGGAAUUAGCAUGGAUUUGGCUCGAGAACAAGCAGCAGCUCAAAGGGAACUUCAAGCAGCAAUUCUAGACUCGCUAACCGAUAAUCGUUUGGGUGCCAGACCCAAAAAUUACCCUGAGGAGAGAACCGGGGAGUCCCAAGAAAUAUCUGCCGCCCAAUUGGAUGAUUUGAGACACCGAACUGCGGAGUUCCAACGAUCGCGUAGCCAAAGUCGUUCUCCCUUGAGGGAAGAUGAACUAAACCAGUUGAAGGACAUCGAAGCAGAGUCUGCUAAAAGGGAGUUGCAGGAUCAGUUACUGGAUAGAUUGGCCGCCUCGAGCAUUAAUUUUGAGAACUUUUCGCGGCACUUGAAUGCCGACUUCUUGGACAGCGAGCGAAGGGCUUCGGAUUCCGCUUUGAUGGGUGAAAUGGAGCCAGAUGAAUACCAUCACUUUCGACGCUAUUCACUCGCCCAGGAACAACCGGUGGAGGAGUAUCCUAGUGAUGACUACGUUUACAUCUCACAAAUCGAAGUAAGAACUCUCACAGGUACAAGAACUUGGUUGAAGGAGGAUUUCUACCCGGAAGAAUCAGACGAUUUUUCUGGUUCAAAGAGUCCGGUGGUGGAUGAGAAUUCCUGGGCAAGAGCUGUUUUAGCCGCCGAAGCAGAGGCAGCUGAAUUCGAUUCUACCAAUGCUAUUUGGAGCUACGAUAUUGUUGGAGAUCACGAGAAUCUCGAUCGCGAGAGGAGUAGUUCCAACGACAGCGAAGACACGCGGCAAACAGUUGUAGAAAUCGAUGAUGAGGAUGAGUACGAGUUUGAGUUAGAUGAGGGAAUCUCGGAUAACAACGAACGCACGCAACCCACCGAUGAAUCCCAUCAUGAUACUUCCGAGUGUGAGGAGGCUGAGAGGAAUGCAGAUCGCUAUGAAAACCGUGGAGCUCAGGAUUGGGAGGAAGUGGAGGAUGUAGAGGAUUUCCUUGACUACGGAUUCGAUGAUGGUGCUGUGGGCGGAGCCACUCCCUAUUCCGAUCCGGACUCCUUCAUCGAGCAGAUCUACAACGAUGCCAUUAAGAACAGAAAGCAGUCGGCGAUCCUCAGGGAAUACGAGACCAUGGUUCAGGAGCAACUACCAUCGGAUCACAGCGAAUCGGAUAGGGAAAAGUCGGGUUCGGAGAGUGAGAAAUACGCAUUGUGGGCAAAAACCAGGGAACUGGAGCGAUCUCAUUCCGCUAACCGCCAUUCAGAUGUGGACGUUGCCUUGGGUUUGAUACCAGAAAGGGAUUCGGAGAUGCGCUAUUUGGGGGAUGCCCAUGUGGCUGCCCGACAAUCCACGAGGUUGCGUACCCGCUAUGGUUUCAAUCCCAAGUUGGAAGUGGGAGAACUGGAAGAUGACAUCGAAGUGGACCUGAAUUACAAACCCAAGAGGGAGUACAACUGGCGCAAGAACUUCCGACUGGAUGACAAUGAAGAAGGGGAGGGGAAUACUCAAAAUACAACAGAUGAGAAUGAGAUUGAAGAUCAAGAAGCUGGAGAUCAGAUGGAGGAGGAACUGGAUUGGCAGGAAGGGGAAAAAGAAAAUGGAGAACAGGAUCAGGAGCAGCCAUUGUACACAAAUGAAGAAUUGGAGGAAUUACCUAAUGGAGAAUUAUUGGAAAAUCGAAGAAUUAGUCUCGGGGGAGAAAGUAUAACCCUCUUCAGUCGCAGUCCUGUUCGUGAAAUUCUACCAGAGGUUCCGGAAGAGCUCCCACAAGAAGAAGAACCUACAGAAGAACAGCCAGAAGAGGCAGCACCCCCGGAAGAAUUACCCGCUGAGAAGCAAAAAAAGAAGAGCAAGAAGAAGCUGCGUAAGGGAUCCAAAACGGAAGAGGAACUCAGAGAUGACAAUGAUUCGGACACUCAAUCCGGUUUCACUCGACGCAAUGAAGAUCAGGAGGGAACAGUAGAAACCCCGAAGAGAAAGACUCGAUCCAGGAGAAGCUCCAAGAGCAGCUUGACCAAUGAAGAAGGAUCAGGACUCUUCUCUCCCAGAAGCAGCCUUGCUUUUAUGGGUGAAUCCUUGGAAGGCAUAGCUGAAUUUGAAAACCAGGAGAGAGACGAAGAGCAGUCCACCAAGAAAAAGACCAAGAAACGCAAGAAGACUGCGGCAAGGGAAAACAAAGAAGAAGCCAAGGAAGAAACACAACCGCAGGCUACAGAAGAAUCACACCUGGAUAAAGCUUUGGCUGCCGCUUUGGCGGAGAUUGCUCCCGUUUCGGUGUCCACAAACUUAACCCCAGAAUCCACGCAGGAGAAUCUACUAUCCACCAUAAGUACUGGCCAGAGUGUUUGCAUAACCCCGGCGUCUUCGAUCGAGGAGAUUGGAGAAUCCCCUCCAUCAACUUCAACUUCUACAGCUGCAGUUGUUCCCGCUCGAUCCGUUGUGGAUACCUUCGAUAUACUCAAAGACGCUAACUUCUAUCCGCUCUUCUAGCUCGCUUGGUUCGAAAACUAAUAACAAACUAAUAGCAAACACUCGAUCACCCAUUUGAUUUACUCUCUAUUUGUUUCUUAUAGACAUGUUCAUAAGCCAAGUCAAGCCAAGCACAGCCCAGCACAAUCCAGUCCAAGCCACAAUCCACAAAACCGAGCACGCUGUACAUGAAAACAAGUCCCAGUUAAAGAUCCAGUGUCCAGAAUCUAGAAUCCAGCAUCCGCUCCUCUGACUGAGGGUAAACACCCGCCCAUGGGAUCCCAGAUCCCUUUUUAUUAUUGUAUAAACUAUGUAUUAUACUAACGACCUUUUGACCCAAAAAAAAAAAAAAGAAAAAUAAAAAACAUACAUCGAACGAUUGAAGGAUUGUUUACCAUAGCUGUUAGUUUACUUAACGAUUUUGUCUUUAUAAAAAUGCCGAGAAUAAAAGCCAACUGAAUAAAUGAAGAAAA